UGUGAUCCGGAGGCAAAACCUCACUAAACCCUACAACGAUACCUCCCCCGGCCCCCCUCCAUGGCCUGAUUCUUUCUCCCUCGCCGCCGCCGGAGGCGGUCAAACGAUGCUAUCCCUCCCCCUGCGCCGCCACCUCCUCCUCAUCUGCUCUCGCCGGAACCCUAGAUUCAUCCCCUUCUGUAUCGCCGCCACGGCCAUCUCCACCCUCCCAACCGGCACCACCGCCGCCACUCCCAUCUCCGACCGCCUCCGUCUCCUGCACUCUCUCCAAGCCGUCCCCGCCGACCACCUCCUCUCCCACCCCCUCCCCUCCUCCGCCCACCUCUGCCUCGCCGCCCACAUCCUCGCCCGCGCCCGCCUCUUUCCCCAUUCCCGAAGCCUCCUCUCCCGCCUCCUCGCCCCCGGUCACCACCCCCACCUCGCCGCCUCCCUCGUCGACCUCCUCCACCGCGCGGCUCUCGCACUCGGGCCACGCCGCAGCGCCCUGCCUUCCGUCGUCGACACCCUCCUCUCCCUCCUCGCCGACCGCGGCCUCCUGGACGACGCCGUCCUCGCCCUUGCCCGGGUACGCGAGCUGCGUGUGCCCCCCAACACCCGCACCUGCAACCACAUCCUUCUCUGUCUUGCGCGAGAGCGGAGCAGCGAGCUCGCCUGGCGGCUAUUCGAGCAGCUGCCUGCGCCCAACGUGUUCACAUUCAACAUCAUGAUUGAUUUCCUUUGCAAGGAGGGGGAUCUCGCGGAGGCAAGGGCAUUGCUCGCGAGGAUGAAGGCGAUAGGAUGUUCACCGGAUGUUGUCACAUACAAUUCCUUGAUUGAUGGGUAUGGCAAAUGCGGGGAGUUGGAGGAAGUGGAGAAGCUUGUUGGUGAGAUGAGAGGGUGUGGAUGUAGACCAGAUGUUGUGACAUACAAUGCAUUGGUCAAUUGCUUUUGCAAGUUUGGGAGGAUGGAGAGGGCAUACAGCUACUUUGCUGAGAUGAAGAGGGAGGGAGUGAUGGCAAAUGUAGUGACUUUUAGCACCUUUGUUGAUGCAUUCUGCAAAAACGGGAUGGUCAGGGAAGCUAUGAAGCUAUUUGCACAGAUGAGGAUGAAGGGGAUGAAGCCGAAUGAGGUCACGUAUACUUGCUUGGUUGAUGGAACCUGCAAGGCAGGUAGGCUUGAUGAUGCCCUUGUUUUGACCAAUGAAAUGGUACAGCAGGGGGUUCCGUUGAAUGUAGUCACAUAUACUGUUCUAGUUGAUGGCCUUUGCAAAGAGGGGAAGGUUGCGGAAGCAGAGGAUGUUUUUAGGCUGAUGGAGAGAGCUGGCAUCAGAGCGAAUGAGUUGUUGUACACUACACUAAUUCAUGGGCAUUUUGUGUAUAAAAACAGUGAGAGAGCACUGAGUUUGUUGAGUGAGAUGAAGGAUAAAGGGAUGGAACUUGAUGUUUCGCUUUAUGGUGCCCUCAUUUGGGGACUCUGUAAUCUUCAAAAGUUGGAUGAAGCUAAGAGUUUGUUAAAUAAAAUGGAUGAAUGUGGUCUGAAACCCAAUAAUGUCAUCUAUACGAAUAUAAUGGAUGCUUGCUUUAAAGCAAGAAAAGAGUCGGAGGCCAUUGCCCUGCUCCAAAAGAUGAUGGAUUCUGGGUUCCGGCCUAACAUUGUGACUUAUUGUGCAUUGGUUGAUGGUUUGUGCAAAGCAGGAUCAAUUGAUGAGGCAAUCUCCCACUUCAACAAAAUGGUUGAUUUAGGGCUAGAACCUAAUGUGCAGGCUUACACUGCUUUAGUUGAUGGUUUAUGCAAGAAUGGGCGCUUGGACAAGGCUGUGCUGCUGUUGGAUGAAAUGAUUGAUAAGGGUAUGUCUCUGGACAACGUUGUGUGCACAUCUCUUAUGGAUGGGCACCUGAAGCAGGGGAAUCUCCAGGAUGCCUUUGCACUCAAGGCCAAGAUGAUUAACAGCGGUUUGCAACUUGAUCUUUAUGGCUACACUUGCUUUGUUUGGGGCUUUUGUAAUCUAAAUAUGAUACAGGAAGCUAGAGAAGUUCUUUCAGAAAUGAUUGAAAAUGGUAUUACUCCUGAUGCAGUAGUAUACAACUGUCUGAUAAACAAAUGUCAGAAAUUGGGUAACAUGGAGGAGGCAGCUAUUCUUCAGAAUGAAAUGGAAAGUCUACUCUCUUGUACAAAUGCAGAUGCUGCUUCUGGUUCUGAUGGUUAAACAUGACUAACUGCUUGUGCUAGAAAUCAGGCAAAUUCCAUUGAUUUUGAUACACUAUGAUAUUUUGGCAGGAUCAAAUUGCCCAAGAAACUUCAUUGAUGUGAAUUAUCGAAACAUGCAAAAGUUUCCUGUUAUAUAGAUACAAAUUCCAAAUUUCCAACAGACACAAAAACGACCUGGUUCUCCAUUUUGUCCAGAGAGUGAGGUGGUACUCCAAGUUUGGAAAUGCUCCAUAGGCAAGGUUACAGAUACCAUUUUCCAUGCUAUCGCUGAUGUUGAUGCUCGUAUAAAGAUCCAUGAGUGUGUAAAGCAAAACUCGUCAUUUUCCCAAACAGAUGCCUGAGGAUUCAUGAUGGGCUAUCUCAUGUCUAAGUAAAGACACCUGAUGUUUUCAUCAUGUUUGUACAGAAGUCAACAUUGUGUUCUUCCAGAUUGCUAGUCAAUAACUGCUGAAUACUGUGAGAGCACAUAAUCUGAUGCCUUUUACCAGUCAGCUAGUCCUAUGACACAGUAGUCAAAACAAAUCUGUGUUUUAAGGUUUUGCUUGUGAUCUAUGCUGAAACUCAAUGGCUCUGGUAAAAUCGGCAGAAGAAAAGACUGAUCGUGAAGUAUGGCAAGAUGCUUUGCAUGCACUUGUUUCUGGUGCUAGUAUAGCAAAUGAGAAACAUCGCAGGUCAUAACUCUGUAGUGAAAACAAGAUUUGGCACAUAUGGUUACUAUCAGCAUUCUUCAAAGUUCAGUCAGCAUCAGGGAUGCAGUAAUCAAAAUGGUGGAGAGGGCAAGUGUUAUGUUUACAAGCUACAAUAACAGAAGCCCCCGAGAAGAACAUCACAAGAAGCCUUAACUGAGAGGUUCAUGUUGAUGCUGGUCAUAUCCUUCCUGCCAAUCAUCAGAGAGGCGGUACUUCCAGUGAAAAAGGGUAUGAUUUGGUGAUGGGAAGAAGUGAAUAAUACUGAUAGCUAAAGGUUUCCUGAAGAAGAACGAGAUGGUCAUGCAUUUUUCUGGCCAUGAUACCAAUCAUUCUUUUGGUGGAGCCAUGGCAUAUCGGGAGUCCCGCAGGUUGCAGAAUACGCUGGAGCUGUUAUUUUUUCUAGGCCAGCAUCUCGUCUCAGACUCUAAAGUCAACUGGAUAUUUUGAAUAGUUGGCAAUAACUUUUACAAGAACCACCUAAACAAAGACACAAUAAUAACAUGGAAUCUUAAAAUUGGAUAGGGUUAGGUACUACCUUCUUAGGAAUUCAUUUUGAACAGAUUCUUUGUACUAUGCGUUGUUGUCUGCUAACUGCUGAUUCGUUUUCUUCUCUUGCAAUUUGAGUAUUGCAAAUGUCAUUGCAAAUCUGUCGGCUCAUUCACACUGCCUGUACGGUUGAUAUCAUAACACUGACUGUUGAAGCUCA